CCCACCUCUGGGACUCUGCUGGCUCCUCCACACUCUCACUCAGCUCCAGUCAAAAACCUUUACAGGAGCUAAAGAGACUGACACAAAAUGAGAGGACUUGUUGUCUUUGUUACUUUGGUCUGCUUUGCCACCGCUCAGCACCAAGCACUGAUUGACUACUUGGAGCGGAGGCUGCUCGCUAUUGAGGACCGGAUCUCUCUGUGGCACGAACAGACUGCCCGCUACGCCUCCGAGCUGCGGGAGCUGAAGCAACAGAUGGUUUCCCAGCUGGAGAACCUCGAUAAAGAGAAAGAGGCACUGAGGAUGAAUCUGGACGGUGUGGGGACGAGGGUGGACCGGGUCGAGCGUGAGCUGGACUACCUGGAGACUCAGAACGGAGCUCAGCCGUGUGUGGACGUGGACGACAAGCUGAUAGAGCAGCAGGUGACGCUGGUGAAGGAGAAGCAGAAGGCCAAGUAUUCAAAACUAUCAGACUGCAGCGACAUGAUCUCCAGCAUAAAAGCCAUGAAGAUCUUGAAGCGAGUCGGAGGGCCAAAGGGCACGUGGACCAAAGACACCGGCAGGGGCUCUGGGAAGGUCUACAUUUUCAACGGGACGGAUGAAGACACCAUCCAUGAGUUUGCCUCCGUGCAAGACUUUUCCCGCUCGAUGGGCAUGUCUCUGUCCAAGAGCCUGAAGCUGCCGUCUGCCUGGCGGGGAACAGGACACGUUGUCUUCAACAAUCAUGCGUAUUAUAUAAAUCAGGCUGAAGAGAUAAUGGUGGUAAAAUAUGACAUGAGGAACAGCUCUGUGACGGACAGCGCAGUGUUCCCAGUGCAGGACCAUGUCCCCGUGUACGGCCUGACCCCCGAGACAGUGAUGGACCUGGCUGUGGACGAGGAAGGCCUGUGGGCCAUUUACGGCACGCGGCAAAACGAGAGGUACAUCUCUCUGGCGAAAAUGGACGCCAACUCGCUAGACAUCGAGCAAAUGUGGGACACAAACUGUCCGACAGAGAACGCGGAGGCGGCUUUUGUCAUCUGUAGCACUUUGUACGUGGUGUACAACACCAAGCAGCCCGGGCGCUCACGCAUCCAGUGUGUGUUUGACGUCAAUGAUAUGGUGACCAACGAAGACGCACCACUGGUUUACUUUCCAAAGCGCUACGGAGCUCACUCCAGUCUGAAGUACAACCCGCAGGAGCAGCUGCUCUACGCCUGGGAUGAUGGCUACCAGAUCCUGUACAAGCUUAUCAUGAAAAAGAAACUAGAAAUUUGAGUUAAAUAACACUCACCCUCCUAAAACUUCCCAAAGCAAGUUUUCGCUUCUUAACUACAAAUCACGUGUACUUUAUAUAACUGCUGAACGUUUUUUAUGCAUGCUGUACAAUUUCAGUACAUCUGCUGGUCCCAUUAUCGUGAACGAGAUAUCUCAAAAACGCCUGAAGGGACACAAACGUCCACUUUGUCUCAAUGGUAAAUACAUUACAAUGUCGGGGUCAAAGGUCACACGUGGCUAAACGGAUAAAAUAAGGAAGUGAUGUCAUUUUGGACAGACAUGGAUGUGAACUGCAACUUGAGCGGUUGGCAGAGGCAGACAACCGCAAAGGUGGUAAUCCUAGUUUUUAGUUUAACUUUUGUUCUUUGGUCAGAUUUGUCCCGUUGCAAUCGGUCACCCCGUUGUUUUAUAGGAGAUCAAAGACAAAGAUGUAUGUAUGAGCAUCUAGAAUAAUUAUGUCUAAACACAGGCUUAAGUGUUGCUGAACUAGUCAGUAUACAAAAAUAACAUAUCAUGUAAAAAGCAAGUUCAGAAGAGACUAUUAAAAAUAAACGUUUAGUCAUGCCUCACCUUUCAUUUUGCAGCUUUAUUAAUUUAUCUUCUUUAAACAUAUAUAAUACUGUAAUAAUUAAAAUAUCUGUGUUGUCACUAUACCAGGCAACAUCAGAGCUGCAAUAAAUAUAACAUAUUAGGAAACGUGCAAGAAACAGCUAGCUGGCUAUCGCUGUUAUGUUCCUGUUUGAUUAGUUGAGCACAUACGUAUUCUUACUAAAGGAAAUCACCCAAAUGAACAAAGAGCACCACUAUUUCAAUCAUGCCUCGCGCACAAUGCAAUCGUUUAUUAAUUUAUAUCCGAGUACAACAUAUCUAUUUCUUAUUGUUAGCUUAUAAUAUGCUAUUUUUCACACUAUCAUCUAUUCCUGCCUCUAAUUAUUGUUCAUUAUGAAAAUAAAAAGCAAACACCUGUUAACAUAAAGAGUGUGUCAUCUUCUAUGUACAUGUGCAGAUGCAAACAUUGUAUCAUCAAAAGACACUGUUGCACAGAGACGCGUUACUUUCUCUGCGAUUCUGAAAAUGUUUUCUUGAGUUCAACUUUGUUUCUUGAAGGUGAACUGCUUUGACUGACAUGACGUCUAAAUAUGACGCGACUAAUAAAAACUUCUUUAAUUGGU